CAUAAAUACCCCGUGAUGUCGAUUCAUUCAUUAAUUCAUAGAUUGAUUUUCCUCGUGGAUAUAGUUGUUCAAAGGCAGUGCCAUCUUUUUCCGGGCUUUGCAGAGUAUAUAUUUUUUUAUUUUGGAAUUGGAGAAGAAAAGUCUUCAGUCAUGGCGGGAAGAGAAAUUCUUAAUAAGAUGAAGGAAAAAACAUGUUUUUCAUCUUCAGUCUCGAUUGAAGCGGGAAAAGGCAAAAGUAAAUUCUCGAAGCACAUUACUCAUGGCUUCUAUCUUGAGAAAGGAAAAUCAAAUCAUGCUAUGGAAGAUUGUUUAGUUUCUGAAUUCAAAAAAUUGGAUGAUAAUGAGUUGGGUCUAUUUGCUAUCUUCGAUGGGCAUAUGGGGCAUGACGUUGCAAAAUACUUGCAAGGGCACCUGUUCGACAAUAUUAUGAAGCAGCAUGAUUUUUGGACCGACACAGAGAAGGCACUAAGAAGAGCUUAUAAGACAACAGAUAAUGAAAUCUUGGAGCAGUCCUUUCACUUGGGGAAAGGUGGGUCGACUGCAGUUACUGCAAUAUUGAUGGAUGGGCACAAGCUGCUAGUUGCAAACGUGGGGGACUCUCGGGCCGUAAUAUGUAGGAAGGGCGUUCCAAAACAAAUAUCAGUUGACCAUGAACCGAGCAAGGAAAAGUCGAUGAUUGAGAAAAAGGGUGGCUUUGUAUCAAACAUUCCAGGUGAUGUUCCUCGAGUAGAUGGUCAGCUGGCAGUGGCCAGGGCAUUUGGUGACAAGAGCUUGAAGAGACAUCUUAGCUCAGAACCAGACGUUGCAGUCGAGAUAGUUGAUGAAGACGUAGAGUUUGUCAUUUUAGCUAGCGAUGGAUUAUGGAAGGUGAUGUCGAAUCAAGAAGCUGUUGAAUCCAUCAGAAACAUUAAGAGUGCUCAAUCGGCUGCAAAGCACUUGGUCGAGGAGGCUGUUUCUAGGAAAAGCAAGGAUGAUAUCUCAUGCAUUGUUGUCAGGUUUCAGUAAUCUGUACAUUUUCUUUCCGUCGGUGUUAUGCUUCAUGUAAUGAUGUUCGAACCCUGCUGUUGUGCUUAUUGGCCAUAAGUUAUAUCUCUAGUUUAAAGACAGGUUUGCAUCCCAGAUUUCAGUCUGUAUAUAUAUAUAUAUGUGAAGAUGUUUUUGAAGUUUGAUUAGUGUUUUUGCGGGAUAAUCACUUAAUGAUUGGAGAUCAAUUACAGGCUGGAACUGAGGAAAAAACAA